UCCAUCUCCGCUUUAGCUGAUCUCCUAGUAAUUCCAAAUAAAAGCAAAAAGCAAUACGCUGCCAAUUUUAGCAACAACAGCACAUUUCACUCGACUGCAUCACGCGAAAUGAACGUGCUUCCGGUGCUCCUGCUGCUAGUGCAGCUGACAGCCAUGGUGCUGGCAGGAACUAAUCAAACCGCAACUGGAAGCCCAGCUAGCGCCAAUGUGACCAAACUAGCAAUGGUUAGCCCAAGCAGCAAUGCAACUGCCAAAGAUGCAGGUGUAGGUUCCAGUGCCAUUACAGUUGCAGCUACAGCCAAUCAAUCGCAAGUGGACAAGGACAAGCCGGCCAAGGUCAACGGCACGGAGGAGCAUGCCGUGGUGCUCGUGCGCGGCGUUACCAAUACGGAUACCGCCACAGUGCAAGCGGCACCAAAAGCGAACGCUACAGCGACGACGACGCAAGCACCGCAGGUAAUCAAAUCAACAGCAACUACGGCGAUAACAAAGCAAACAAACCCAACGGCCAAGACGGACAAAAUGCUGGCCGAUGGCGUAUCGCUGAGUGACAUCAACAAGAACAAGAACAAGGAGAAUAAUAACAGCAACAGCAGCAGCACUAUCACGACGCCAGCAGCUAAUAUCAAUAGCAGCGCCACCAACAGUAGUAGCAGCAGCACCAACGUUACCAACGCCUCCACCACCACGACCACCACGUCAACAACAACGACCACAACAACUACAACCAGCACAACGACAAUGCGUCCCAAAAAGCCCACCGUCACGAGCAGUAUGGACAAACAGCUGGAGGGUGAAAAGCUGGAUCCGGCUGCCACAGGCGCUGGAAACGUUGCACCACACGUUCUGCCCGUGCAGGAGCUGAGCAGCAGCUUGACCAAUCGUGGCGAGAAUGAGUAUAUUGUGCCCAUUGUAACUAUAAUGCUAGCUGUGCCACUUGCCAUAGCCGUAUUCAUCAUCAUGUACCGGCGCUUUCGGGACUUGUGGACAACGCGCCACUACAGGCGCAUGGACUUCCUGGUGGACGGCAUGUACAACGAUUGACGAAGGCGCCAGCAGCAGCAGCGGCUCGGCAACGGAGCUGCCAGCGGCGGUGGAGGGGCUACUGACGGUGUUGGCUGUUUAUCAAUUGCUGCCACGCGGCUGCCGUAGCGCAAGAGAAUUUGAUAAAGCAAAGCAAAUAAUUGGAAAGAUUAUUAGUUGUUAAGUUUAUUAUUAUUAUUAUAUUUCUUAUUUUGCAUGGAA